GAGCGCGACUCAAAACGAGGAAGUGCGAUGAGAGACUUUCGGCGGCCGACAGGGAGCGGCUCUCCAGCUGAAGCAGUACCGCGGGGCUCAGCGCGCUGACGCGAUAUACAUGGCGGACGCAGCCAAAAGCAAGCGUCGGGAGCAGCUGAAGCGCUGGGCGGGCUCCAACACGGACAGGGAACCGGCUGUGCCCCGGCGCCGGCGGAGAGGCGACGCGCGGGACAGAGGCGCCGAGCCUGAGGCCGGGAGCCCGUCGGGGGACAGUGGGCCGGGAGAGCGCGGAGCAACAAGUGGGAGGCGGCGAGUCAGGUUUGAGAGGGCAGCUGAGUUCCUGGCAGCAUGUGCGUGUGGAGACAUAGAGGAGGCCAAGGAGAUGCUGAGAGAAGCUAGGGAGAAGGACACCGAUGAGUACCAGUGCGGAGACCUUGUGAACAGUGCAAAUGCUGAUGGAAUUACGGCUCUUCACCAGGCCUGCAUCGAUGGAAGCAUGGAGGUCGUGGUUUUCCUCCUUUCUCAGGGUGCUAAUGUGAACCAGGCUGACAGCGAAGGCUGGACACCGCUGCAUGUGGCAGCUUCCUGUGGGAAUGUUGAAAUCGCAGACUUCUUGCUGCAGAAUGGCUCGAAUGUGUGCAUGGUGAACUGUGAUGGUGAUGUCCCUGUGGACAUUGCAGAAGAUGAGGACACAGAGGCACUCCUGCGAGAGCACAUGCUAAGACAGGGUGUGGAUGUGGCCGCAGUGAAGCGAGAAGAGGAGGAGCAGAUCAUGAAAGAUGCCAGAACGUGGUCUGUUGAAGGGCUUCCAUCAGACCUGAGACACCCCAAGACUGGAGCGACACCUCUACACGUGGCAGCAGCUAAGGGCUACAUUGAAGUAUUAAAGCUUCUGUGUCACUGCGGGAUGGAGCUGUCGGUGACAGACACCGAUGGAUGGACUCCCCUCCACGCCGCAGCACACUGGGGCCAAGGCGAUGCCUGCAGGAUUCUAGCUGAGCAGCUUUGCAACAUGGAGGCAAAAAGCAAUGCUGGCCAGACGCCCCUGGAUGUAGCUGAUGAAAGUGUCAAGGCCCUGCUGGAGGACCUCUCCCAAAAACAGGCCAAUUGGCGCAAUGAGCAAUCUGCCAACGACCAACAGCAGGUGACGGAGUCUGCAGCACCAAACACUCCCAACAAGAACCGAAGGACCUCAGUCUGCCGGAUGAGCAGCAGAGACAAAAUGUUUGUGCAAGACCAGUCUAAGGAGAGAGGAGUUCCUGGAAGCCUGGAGAUCAAGGAGGAGAGAGAGAGCAGCCCUGAGAGCUCCACUAUGGCGAGUCCAGACAACGAAAGCAGAACCAUAUCCAAUGUCCCAGCUGUUGACAAGUGUGAGAAGGAUGCUGAGAAGGAGGAGAGGGAGCGGGAGCGUGAGAGCAGAACAGCCCGUGUGCAGCCCACCCCACAGCAGAGAGAGGAGGGUGCCGGCAGCACGGACAGGCGCAUAUUUCAGGCACCUAUGAGGGAUGAGGAGUCUGAGUCCCAGAGGAAGGCGCGCUCGCGGCUCAUGCGCCAGUCUCGGCGCUCCACGCAGGGUGUGACGCUGACAGACCUGAAGGAGGCAGAGAGGACUGUGAGUAAAAACCCCGAGAACCAGCGCAGCAUUCAGCCUGUCAGCCCAGUCAUCACAGUGACGCCGGCUGAAAGGGACAUGGGUCCCACUAAGGAUGGUGGUCCAGAUGGGGAGAAGGCGAUGAGAGCAGGCGCAAAGGAGCGUCGCCGAGGGAGGAAGGAGCGGCGGUCAACUGGUUUGACCCACCUUGGGUCUGAAGAGGUGGAAGAUGGUGACAGGAUGGAGGACAUUCUCUCAGACAGCUCCAGCACACACAGUGAUCCACAGCUUGAAGAUUAUGCUGACCGAUCUACUCCUGAUUACAAGAUGCUGUACAGAAAGGUGUUGGAAGAAAAUGAGCUGAUCAGGGAGAAGCUGCAGGAGACUGAACUGCUGCUCAAUGAGAACAAAGUGGAGCUGGAGCGACUGAGGCAGAGUCAGGAGAACAGUUCGGAGCGGCCAGCCUUACUAGAGCUCGAGAGAUUUGAAAAAAGAUCACUGGAGAGGAAAGCAAUAGAACUACAAGAUGAAUUAAAGGUACUGGCUGACCUCAGAGCAGAUAACCAGAGACUGAAAGAUGAGAAUGCUGCUCUCAUUCGAGUCAUCAGCAAACUCUCCAGAUGAACUGUGGAUUUUUUUUUCUUUUCUUUUUUCUC